AAAAGACAUAAUCUUUUACUCUCCUGUCCCCCAUUAACCCCCAUAAAUAACACUCCCCUUCUAACCAAACCCAAAAGAUUUCAUCAUUCCUUUUAACCAAGAUUCACCCACAAUCUCCCCAAACCCCACCUGGGUUUUCAUCUUCACAACUUUAUCUCAUCUGGGUCACCUUCCAUUUCCUAACCAUGAUCACAAGUUCAGACCUUUAUCAUGUUUUAACAGCAGUGGUUCCACUCUAUGUAGCCAUGGUUCUAGCCUAUGGUUCAGUCAAAUGGUGGAAGAUUUUCACACCAGACCAAUGUUCAGGAAUCAACAGAUUUGUAGCUCUAUUUGCUGUCCCAUUACUCUCAUUCCACUUCAUCUCAACCAACAAUCCUUACACCAUGAACACAAGGUUCAUAGCUGCUGACACUAUUCAAAAACUCAUGGUUCUUGUGGUGUUAGCAUUGUGGUCAAGAUUGAGUAAAAGAUUGUCUUUAGAUUGGUCAAUCACUAUCUUUUCUUUAUCCACACUUCCCAACACACUUGUGAUGGGAAUCCCACUUUUGAAAGGGAUGUAUGGUGAGUUUUCAGGUGAUUUGAUGGUUCAGAUUGUGGUGCUCCAGUGCAUAAUAUGGUACACUUUGAUGCUCUUUUUGUUUGAGUUUAGGGGGGCAAGGUUGUUGAUUGGGGAACAGUUUCCUGACAAUGGUGGGUCCAUUGUUUCCUUUAGAGUUGACUCAGAUGUUUUGAGUUUAGAUGGGAAAGAAGAGUUGGUGACACAAGCUGAGGUUGGGGAUGAUGGGAAGCUACAUGUAGUGGUUAGGAAGUCUACAAGUUCAAAGUCUGAGAUCUUGUCUAGGUCACAAUGUGGUGGUGUUACUUUAACCCCUCGGGUUUCGAACUUGACGAAUGCAGAGAUUUAUUCUCUGCAGUCGUCGAGAAACCCAACCCCGAGGGGUUCGAGUUUUAACCACGGGGAUUUUGUGGGUCCCCGUGGGUCUGGUUUUGUGGGGGGUGAUGAGGAAUGUGGGAAUAAUGGGAAGGUGAAUAGUGCCGGAAUCUUGUCUCCGGUGGGUGGGAAGAAGGGUGGUGGUGGUGGGAAAGAUCUUCAUAUGUUUGUAUGGAGUUCUAAUGCUUCACCGGUUUCUGAAGGUGGGAUUCAUGUGUUUAGGGGUGGGGAGUAUGGGAAUGAUCUUGGAGGGGUGCCACAUACUAAAGAUUAUGAUGAAUUUGGACAAAAAGAGUUUAGUUUUGGGAACCAACCCGGCCAAAAUGGAGUGGGCCCGGUUCUAUCUAAACUUGGGUCUAGCUCAACCGCUGAGCUCCACCCAAAGGCUAGCCCACUUGGUGAGACGAAACCCGCUUCUAUGCCACCAGCUAGUGUCAUGACCCGACUCAUUUUGAUCAUGGUGUGGCGCAAGCUUAUCAGAAAUCCAAACACGUAUUCGAGCUUAAUUGGACUCACAUGGUCCCUAGUCUCAUUCAAGUGGCACGUUCAAAUGCCUGCGAUAGUUGCAAAAUCCAUCGCGAUUUUAUCUGAUGCCGGUCUUGGCAUGGCCAUGUUUAGUCUCGGUUUGUUCAUGGCAUUGCAGCCAAAAAUUAUAGCUUGUGGAAACUCGGUUGCAGCCUUUGCCAUGGUGGUUCGUUUCUUGACUGGUCCGGCGGUCAUGGCGGCUGCAUCAGUCGCGGUUGGACUACAAGGAACAUUGCUACAUGUGGCCAUAGUUCAGGCUGCUCUUCCUCAAGGAAUUGUCCCCUUUGUGUUUGCUAAAGAAUAUAAUGUCCAUCCUGAUAUACUUAGCACAGGGGUUAUUUUUGGAAUGUUGAUAGCUCUACCAAUCACUCUGGUGUACUACAUUGUGUUGGGGCUUUAAGUGAAUGGGAUGGGUUUGGGGAGAGACAUAAAUGUAAGUUUUUGUAAGAAGGCAUUGGGUGCAAGUAAAUUAAUAUUUUGUCUCUCUAGUUUGUUGUGUGAUUGCAUUCGGUAUUCACUUCCCUUGCACUUUUGAUUCCCAGAAAAUUAAAGUUUUUUUAUUCUCU